CUGUCCGCCACCAUGUUCCAGGGCCCCGAGGCCGACUCGGCCAAGCCCAGCUCCAGGGUAUUGAAGCCCCCAGGAGGAGGUUCAAGUAAUCUCUUUGGGGGUGCAGAAGAAGUUUCUUCUUCAAGCAGGCCACACCGGAUGGCAUCCAAUAUCUUUGGAGCAUCAGAAGAACCUCAAAACAUUCCAAAAAGAACAAACCCUCCAGGGGGAAAAGAAAGUGGUAUUUUUGAGGAUUCUAGUUCUGCUCAGCCUCGUCCACGCAUGAAUCCGCCUGGUGGGAAGACAAGUGACAUCUUUGGGUCUCCUGUAUCUACCAGUGUUGUGCGAGCACACCCAAACAAGCCUAAGGAUCACAUUGUCUUGAAAGAAGAUGAAACACCAAAGAAGCUAGAAGCUACAGAAAAUAUCAAACCACAGCUGGAAGAUGGAGGCGAGAAAAAAGAUCUGGGCAAAGAGGAGCGAUGCAAGGAGCCAGAACCCAAGAUAGACAAUCACGAGCCCCGACUAGGGCCAAGGCCACGCUCACACAACAAAGUUCUCAAUCCGCCGGGGGGGAAAUCCAGUAUUGCGUUCUAUUAGGGUCAUCUGUUCACUUUCACUAACGGAGUCUGCACAGAAACUCUUGUCUGUGGGUGCGAGGUCAGUUUAUAGACUAUUGUUUGUGGAUAGAUUCUUAGGCAGAUGGAUGAGGGUUAUGCUACAGUGUGUAGGAAGGAUAACCUGAUGAUU